CAUUGGGAGUCCUCUGGAGGCGGGCUUGACCUGCGGGUCAUUUUUCUGAUGCUUGGCUACUCAGGGACGUGAAUAGAUUCUAGCACUUUUGCAGGAUCCAGUAGCAGCUCCCUGUGACUUCUGACAGAACACCACCUGUGAGGGCACAGAAUGUCCUCAACCUCCAGAGUGGCCUGAACCGAGGAACGUGGCAGCGAGCAGUGGAUCGAGAGCGACUCUUCCCCUUCCCCCUCCUGCGCCACCACAGACACUUGGACCAUGGCGUCCACCGCGAGGAAAUGGACCUUUCUGAUCUCUUGCUACUUCCUGUCCGCCCUGGCGCUGUGUCCACCUCUGUCCGCCUCGCAUCACCAGAGCCCCACCAUCAUCGCCGCCGGCGACGGUGACGGCCAUGGCGACGGCGGCGACGACGACGGCGGCUACCACACGUUUCACUCCGAGAACUCGGAGGUGACCUUUAACCACCUGGUGGUGGACAAGCGCAACGGCAACGUCUACCUGGGCGCGGUCAACCGCAUCUACAAGCUCUCGCCCGGCCUGGAGGUGCAGGUGUCCCACCAGACGGGGCCCGACGAGGACAACCGCGACUGCUACCCGCCGCGCAUCGUCCAGUCCUGCAGCGAGCCGCUCACGCUCACCAACAACAUCAACAAGAUGCUGCUGAUGGACUACCGCGAGAACCGGCUGCUGGCCUGCGGCAGCCUCUACCAGGGCAUCUGCAAGCUCCUGCGGCUGGACGACCUCUUCAAGCUGGGCGAGCCCUUCCACAAGAAGGAGCACUACCUGUCGGGCGUCAACGAGAGCGGCUCGGUCUACGGCGUCAUCGUCUCGUACUCGGGCGCCGCCACCGACAAGCUGUUCGUGGCCACGGCGGUGGACGGCAAGCCCGAGUACUUCCCCACCAUCUCCAGCCGCAAGCUGGAGCGCAACUCGGAGGAGGACGGCAUGUUCGCCUACGUCUUCCACGACGAGUUCGUGGCGUCCAUGAUCAAGAUCCCGUCGGACACCUUCACCGUGGUGCCCGACUUCGACAUCUACUACAUCUACGGCUUCAGCAGCGGCAACUUCGUCUACUUCCUGACGCUGCAGCCCGAGAUGGGCGGAAGCUCCACCGCCGGUUCCUCCGCCGCCGGCCGCGAGCAGGUCUACACCUCCAAGCUGGUGCGCCUCUGCAAGGACGACCGGGCGUUCAACUCCUACGUGGAGGUGCCGCUGGGCUGCGUCAAGGGCGGCAUCGAGUACCGGCUGCUGCAGGCCGCCUACCUGUCCAAGGCCGGCUCCAUCCUGGCGCGCUCGCUGGGCGUGGGGCCCAACGACGACGUGCUCUACGCCGUCUUCUCCAAGGGCCAGAAGCGCCGGCCCAAGGAGACGUCCCACGACUCGGCGCUGUGCGUCUUCGCCCUGCGGGAGAUCAACGAGCGCAUCAAGGACCGCCUGCAGUCCUGCUACAAAGGGGAAGGCACGCUGGACCUGGCCUGGCUUAAGGUCAAGGACAUCCCUUGCAGCAGUGCGCUCCUCACCAUCGAUGACAACUUCUGCGGUCUGGAUAUGAACGCUCCGCUGGGCGUGUCGGAGAUGGUCCGCGGGGUUCCGCUCUUCUCCGAGGCCACCGACAGGAUGACGUCCGUCAUCGCCUACGUCUACAAGAACCACUCGCUGGCCUUCGUCGGCACGGAGGGAGGCCGCCUCAAAAAGAUCCGGGUGGAGGGUCCGUCCCACGGUGCUCUGCAGUACGAGACGCUGCAGGUGGUGGAGAAGGGUCCCAUCCUGCGGGACAUGGCGUUCUCCGCUGACCAGCACUACCUCUACGUCAUGUCCGAGACUCAGCUGACGCGGGUGCCAGUGGAGACGUGUGAGCAGUACUCCACCUGCAGUGAGUGCCUGGGCUCCGGAGACCCCCAUUGCGGCUGGUGUGUCCUUCACAACACGUGCACCAGGAAGGAGAAAUGCGAGCGCUCGUCCGAGCCCCGGCGCUUCGCCUCGGACCUCAAGCAGUGCGUGCGCCUCAGUGUCCACCCCAACAACAUCUCCGUCUCUCAGUACAACGUCAUGCUGGUGCUGGAGGCCCAUAACGUGCCCGAGCUGUCGGCCGGCGUGAACUGCACCUUCGAGGACCUGGCGGAGAUGGACGGCCUGGUGGAGGGCAACCGCAUCCGCUGCAGCUCGCCCACCGAGAAGGACGUCCCGCGCAUCGUCAUCGACCAAGGAGACCAUCAAAUUGUGCAGCUCUACCUCAAGUCAAAGGAGACAGGUUUGGCCUUCGCCAACACCAGCUUUGUCUUCUACAACUGCAGCGUCCACAAGUCGUGCCUGUCGUGUGUUGGAAGUCCAUACCAGUGCCACUGGUGCAAGUACCGCCACGUCUGCACCCACGACCCGCGGACCUGCUCCUUCCAGGAGGGCCACGUCAAGGAGCCCGAGGAGUGUCCUCAGCUGCUCCCGGCGGACCGUAUCCUGGUUCCGGUGGGCGUGGUGAAGCCCAUCACCCUGCGGGCCAGGAACCUGCCCCAGCCGCAGUCGGGCCAGCGGGGCUACGAGUGUGUGUUGACCAUCCAGGGAGUGGAGCAGAGGGUCCCGGCCCUGCGCUUCAACAGCUCCAGCGUGCAGUGCCAGAACACCUCCUACUCGUAUGAUGGGAUGGACAUGAGCAGUCUCCCGGUGGACUUGACGGUCAUCUGGAACGGUGACUUCAGCAUCGACAACCCCGCCGAAAACAAAGGAGUGUGCCGGCGAGCCCCUCUUCUCCCUGUUCUGUGCCAUCAAGCAGCAGAUGGAGAAAGGCCCCAUCGACUCCAUCACGGGCGAGGCACGCUACUCCCUCAGCGAGGACAAGCUCAUCCGACAGGCAGAUCGACUACAAGACCCUGGUGGUGAACUGCAUCCACCCCGACAACGAGAAGAGCCCGGAGAUCCAGGUCAAGGUGCUCAACUGCGACACCAUCAGCCAGGUGAAGGAGAAGAUCCUGGACGCCAUCUACAAGAACGUGCCCUACUCCCACCGCCAGAAGGCCUCCGACAUGGACCUGGAGUGGCGCCAGGGUAGAGGGGUACGCGGCAUCCUGAUGGACGAGGACGUCACCACCAAGAUCGAGAGCGACUGGAAGCGACUCAACAUGCUGGCUCACUACCAGGUCCCUGAUAACGCAGUGGUAGCACUGGUACCCAAGCAGGUCA